AAGUGACGUGGCUACCCUAAACUUGACAAUUCACUUUUCACUAAUAAGUUUUUGGUAUAUUGGAAAAGUCCUCUUGGCAAAUUUCUAAUAGUUCUUCAAUUAGUUUUUGGUUUCAUUGUGAAAAAUUUGAUUAACAAUUCGAAUUUAUUACAAUGACGACCUACGAAGAAUUUAUCCAGCAAAACGAAGAUCGCGAUGGUGUACGGUUGACGUGGAACGUAUGGCCUUCAAGUCGCAUCGAUGCUAGUCGUCUUGUCGUGCCACUUGCUUGCCUCUAUCAACCACUUAAGGAACGCCCAGACCUUCCACCAAUUCAAUAUGAGCCUGUUUUAUGUACGAGAAGUAAUUGCCGUGCAAUUUUGAAUCCAUUAUGUCAAGUAGACUAUCGGGCCAAGUUAUGGGUGUGCAACUUUUGUUUCCAAAGGAAUCCUUUUCCUCCUCAAUAUGCAGCCAUCUCAGAACAACAUCAGCCUGCUGAACUGAUACCCAGUUUCAGUACCAUCGAAUACACAAUCGCAAGAGCUCCCUGCAUGCCCCCAGUUUUUAUAUUUCUCGUAGACACUUGCAUGGAUGAAGAAGAACUCGAUGCUUUGAAGGAUUCGUUGCAAACCUCGCUGAGUCUAUUGCCACCCAACACCUUAGUUGGCCUCAUAACUUUUGGAAAAAUGAUACAGGUCCAUGAGCUGGGCUCCGAGGGCUGUUCAAAGAGUUAUGUUUUCCGAGGUACCAAAGACUUGUCUGCUAAACAAAUUCAAGAAAUGUUGGGAAUUGGGCGUGCCAGCAGCGGUGGAUCGGCCGGACAUCCUAAUCCAAUUCCAGGACAACAACCACAACAACGUAUACCACAUAAUCCAGCUGAACCACCAGCAAACAGGUUUUUGCAGCCUAUCAGUAAGUGCGACAUGGCAUUGGGAGAAUUGCUAAGUGAACUUCAGAGAGACCCAUGGCCAGUGCCACAAGGCAAACGUUAUCUUCGAUCGACUGGAGCAGCCUUGGCAAUUGCUGUUGGUCUUCUUGAGUGCACUUAUCCCAACACUGGUGGACGAAUUAUGUCCUUCGUCGGAGGACCCUGCUCCCAAGGACCAGGCCAAGUUGUUGACGACGAACUCAAGCACCCAAUUCGUUCCCAUCAUGACAUAACCAAGGACAAUGUCAAGUACAUGAAGAAGGCAAUUAAGCACUACGAUUCAUUAGCUCUUCGAGCUGCAACCAAUGGACACUGUAUUGAUAUUUACUCGUGUGCUCUCGAUCAGACUGGUCUGAUGGAAAUGAAGCAGUGUUGCAACUCAACCGGCGGGCAUAUGGUUAUGGGUGAUUCUUUCAAUUCUUCGCUAUUCAAACAGACAUUCCAACGAGUUUUCAUUCGUGAUCAACGUUCCGAUCUGAAAAUGGCUUUCAAUGCUAAUCUUGAGGUUAAAUGUUCGAGGGAGCUUAAAGUUUCUGGAGGAAUUGGAUCUUGUGUGUCGUUAAAUAUAAAAAGUCCAUGUGUCUCUGAUGUGGAAGUUGGUAUGGGAGGAACUGUUCAAUGGAAGUUGUGUACUCUCAAUCCUAGCACAACAAUGGGUUUCUUCUUUGAAGUGGUAAACCAACAUGCAGCACCGAUGCCACAAGGCGGGCGAGGUUGUAUUCAGUUUAUAACGCAAUAUCAACAUCCAAGUGGACAGCGCAGGAUACGUGUUACAACAUUGGCUAGAAAUUGGGCUGAUGCGACAUCAAAUAUUCAUCAUAUAAGCGCUGGUUUUGACCAGGAGGCUGCUGCUGUAAUAAUGGCUCGUAUGGUUGUUUACCGUGCGGAAACAGAUGAGGGAGUGGAUAUUCUAAGAUGGGUGGAUCGUCAACUUAUUCGAUUGUGCCAGAAAUUCGGUGAAUACGGUAAAGAUGAUCCAAAUAGCUUCCGCUUGGCGGAGAACUUCAGCCUCUUCCCGCAAUUUAUGUACCAUUUGCGUCGAUCACAAUUCCUUCAAGUAUUCAACAAUUCUCCAGACGAAACAACAUUUUAUCGACACAUGCUGAUGCGUGAAGAUCUCACCCAAUCGCUGAUUAUGAUCCAACCAAUUUUAUACAGCUAUUCCUUCAAUGGUCCACCAGAACCGGUUCUACUCGAUACAUCUUCAAUUCAGCCAGAUCGAAUUCUCCUUAUGGACACAUUCUUCCAAAUUCUUAUAUAUCAUGGAGAAACAAUAGCCCAAUGGCGUGCGCUCAAGUAUCAAGAUAUGCCUGAGUAUGAAAAUUUCAAGCAAUUGCUACAAGCACCAGUAGAUGAUGCUCAGGAAAUCUUACAAACUCGUUUUCCAAUGCCACGUUACAUUGAUACAGAACACGGAGGCUCACAAGCUCGAUUCUUGCUUUCGAAAGUCAAUCCGUCGCAGACUCAUAAUAAUAUGUACGCGUAUGGUCAGCCUACAAUUGGCUCUACAACGGAUGGUGGUGCUCCUGUUCUCACUGAUGAUGUUUCACUUCAACUUUUCAUGGAGCAUUUGAAAAAGCUGGCUGUUUCUUCUACAACAUAAGAAAAGCAAUUUUGAAGAAUUGCGAUAUGAGAAGAAUAUAAGUCUUAAAAAAAAAAUAUUUAUAAAUAUUAUUGUUCUUUAAAAUAAAAGUUAUGAAUGUACUUUCAAUAAAACAUAUAAAGAAACUU